GGAAGCACCCUUCUGGUCGUCCUGGCAACAGCAGCGCCCCCCGGACGCCCCCUGUGUCUCCCCGCGGGAAAUAGGCCCCGGCUCGCCCACCGCCCGAAUCUGACAGCCGCGCGCCCACGAGCUCCUGAGCCCAUUUCAUCCUUCGCAGUCAGAGAUGGCGGCAAAGGUGAACUCUGCGGUGGCUAGCCUGCACGCCCCCUCCAUUUUGCAGGCGGCCUCGUCAGACACCCCGGAGCUUUGGUCUUCCCACCCGGUGUACGCCAGGUACUGGCAGCAUUACCAUCAGGCCAUGGCGUGGAUGCGCUGCCACCAGAACGCCUACCGGAAGGCCGUGGGGGCUUACUUCAGUUCCCUGCAAUACUACCUUUCUGAAGCCCACCCCCGCGGCGCGCAGGCCGGCCAGGGCGGCUCUCCUGGGCCCUUCUGCACCCACCAGCUGGCCACCGCAGAUGCCUGCGACAGCCACGCACUUUCCAGAGAAGACCAAGCUCUGUGUGCAGAGGAGGAGGCAGAGUCUGAGUCAGAAGGGGUGGAGUGCGACGUGAGCAACAUGGAGAUCACCGACGAGCUCCGCGAGUACUUUGCAGAGACCGAGAGGCACCGGGAAGAGCGGCGGCGGCAGCAGCUGCUGGACGAGGCGCGCCUGAAUGACUACGUCUACGCCGAUCAUGACCUGUACCACAGCCAGCGCCGCUCUGUGGAGCCCCCAACUGAGCGGCCAGGAGAGCGGCGCCAGGCUGAGAUGAAGCGUCUGUACGGGGACAGCGCAGCCAAGAUCCAGGCCAUGGAGGCGGCCGUGCAGCUGAGCUUCGACAAGCACUGUGACCGCAAGCGGCCCAAGUACUGGCCUGUCAUCCCGCUCAAGUUCUAAGCCCGGGCACCGGGUCCUGGGCCUCUUCUCUGGGAAAGGGCACUCAGCCUUGGCAAGCGAGGGUGGCCGUGUCAGUCGGCAGCGUGCGCGCUGUGGCCGAGGGGACAGCUCCCUCGCUGCGGCUUGGGCAGUCAGUGGUUGUCGAGUCUCAGUUCAUUAAAAU